AUGAGACUCGUCAUUCUAGAGGACCAUGCUCAGGCCAGUGAAUGGGUAGCAAAGUACAUUAGGAAUCGGAUAGUCCAGUUUAAUCCUGGUCCAAGCAAAUAUUUCACCCUCGGACUUCCCUCGGGUCUUCCGAAGGAUCACCCCGAAAGCUACCACUCCUUCAUGUGGAACAACUUCUUCAAGCAUAUCGACAUCUCCUCCGAAAACACACACAUUCUGGAUGGAAAGGCAGCAAACCUAGAAGCAGAGUGUGCGGCUUUUGAAGAGAAAAUCAAAGAGGCUGGAGGAAUCGAACUCUUCCUCGGAGGUAUCGGCCCCGAUGGUCACAUUGCCUUCAAUGAGCCGGGCUCAAGCCUGGUGUCCAGAACGCGAGUGAAGACCUUAGCUAUGGACACGGUAUUGGCUAAUUCCAGAUUCUUUGGUGGAGACCUCUCCCAAGUGCCCACAAUGGCCCUCACUGUUGGAGUGGGCACAGUCAUGGAUGCCAGAGAGGUGGUGAUCCUGAUCACAGGAGCCCAUAAGGCCCUGGCUUUGUACAAGGCCAUUGAGGAAGGAGUGAGUCACAUGUGGACGGUGUCCGCCUUUCAACAACAUCCCCACACUGUCUUUGUAUGCGACGAAGACGCCACGCUGGAACUCAAAGUAAAAACGGUGAAGUACUUCCAAGGUUUGAUGCUUGUUCACAACAGGCUUGUGGAUCCACUCUACAGCAUGAAAGAUGCGGGAGCAGAGAAAGGGCAGUCCAAGAAGCCAUACAGGGACUAA